GCAGUAGGCGGAGCCGAAGACCUGCCGCGUCUCGGCCGGCGGGAAGCCCAGGCGCUGUAACUUCUCCACGUAGGCCUGGCGCGUGCGCGAAGAGUUAUUGGUCACGUAGCACAGCUGCUUCCCGGCGCCCGCCAGGCGGCCCAGCGCCUCCGCCGCCCCGGGAAUCGCCGCCUCGCCCCGCCACAGCACCCCGUCGCAGUCGAACAGCACCGCCUCCGCGUCCCGUAGCGCCGACCGCGCCGCGGCCGACGUUCCCAGCCGUUCGCACCGCUUCGCCAUCGCGGACCUGCUCAGAUGGACGGACUGAGAGAAACCGGCGCUGCUUUCUUCUCACGACUUCUCCUCGACGUCGAUUGGCUGGGAGGCGGCGCGAGCUGGCGCUGAUUGGGCGGGGCCGGCUUUUCAGGCUCCGCCUCAUCUUGCGCCUUGAGGGAGAGAGUGAGGUGACCGCAGCCUUUAGACCCCUGCCUGAGCCCCGCCCGCCGUAGCUGCUUAUUGGCCGAGAUGAAGCGAAGCCACUUUGCUAUUGGGUGAGACGCCGUCUCCUCGCUUCGUUUGCUCGGGCUUCGUCCGCAUUUGCCAGGUUCCCAUUGGCCUAGCCGAAAUAGAGCCUUUCCGCCCUUGCUCCUCAUUGGCUGCGGCGCCGUGGCGGCUCUGCCCACUUCAGGUGAGCUGAGGAGAGGAAACCCCGAGCCUCGCCUCAAUUGGCAAAAGUUCGGGCUCUGCGGCCCCGCCCCGUGGCGGCGCCGGGCUCGUUGUUAUGACGACACGGCCGUAAAGCCGCCAUCUUGAUGGUUGCGGCGCCUUGCGACAUGGAGGCCGCGAUGGCAACGAGCGCUGGGCCGGCGGGGCUUACGGCAGUUGGGCCACGGGGACAGGAGUGUGCGGCUGAGGCGGUCUCCGGCGCGAACCAGGGGCCCGCCGCCUUCCUCAGUCUCCCGGCGCCUUUCGGUGAAGAAGGUACCGGCUUGGCAGGCAGGCAGGGAUGGGGGGGAGGGGAGGGGUCUCUUACUCUGUAAAGUAAUGUUCCUCCCGAGGAGGAAGGGGUGCCCGUGGUUCCCUCAACUCUUUGCGCAGCCCGCUCUUGGGCUUGUCGAUGCAGCAGCUCGUUAAGCCACCCAAUAAAGGCGAAGGUCCAAUACGAUGGGAGAGUGGAGGCCUCUCUCUUCUGAGAAUUACGGUGUCGCGCCUGCGCCCCUCCUGCUUUGGAGCGAGGAAUGGCAAGCGUGGGACUCACUUGCAGGCAAAAAGUUGGUUGAGCCUCGGGAAAUGGUGCCACGCAGCCUCCUGUCGGGUUCCUCGCUUCCAGCCUCUACAACUCUCAGAACUACUACUCUCAUGAGCCUCAGUCAACGUGGCCAUGCUUGAGGUUGAUGGGAGUUGUAGCCCAAGACACAUAGCUGUCAACUUUUCCCCUUUCUUGCGAGGAAUCCUAUUCAGAAUAAGGGAAUUUCCCUUAAAAAAAGGGAAACAUUGACAGCUAUGCCAAGACAUCUGGAAGGUGGCAGGUCUGCGAAAGCCGCACUGAGCUUUCAGAGUCUAUAUCCCUGAAGUUUCACUUCUUUUUAAUGUAACCCAACACCUGUUCUUUUAAACCGCGGCCUGGAUGAGAAUGAUCAGGAACACUGCUUCUGCUAAUGUGCCAGAAUCAGGAAAGAAACAUGAUAGACUUGUUUUUUAGCCAGAGUUGCUCAGUUGUAAAAUAGCUCCUGCCUACAUCUUUUCUCUGAGAAAGCAUGUAUUUCAUGGUCACAUUUAAGAGAGGACAGUGGAAGUGCUGGGAAUGGGGAUUUCAGCAGUGUAACUUGUGCAAGCUGCUGUAUUGAAAUUCUCUUCUACACAGCUUUUUAGGGUGCAGGAGCUCUGCCCCUUUCUGCACUUGACCCUUAUUAAGCAUUGCAAAAUCAUGUUCAAAUCUUAAUCAAUGUUAAAUUCUUCUCAGCUUGUUUUUCACAUUUACUGGAUGCUUUUAUGUCAAGGUGUGUUCUCAAGCUAUCCUAUCAAUGGUUAGGUAACAAUUUGUACAACUUCCUUCCUAUCAUAUAAUGACCAAUAUAAGCUAGAAACCAGCUGGUCUUUAAAUAGUCUUGUUAUUCCAUCUGAAGAUGGUGACAGUUUUCUUAUCCUUUGAAUUUUAGAUGAAGAUGACAGGCACAAGUGUGGUCGGUGCCAGUCUGAGUUCACUUCUUUGGAAGAAUUUGUACAGCACAAAUUACAGAAGCUUUGCCAGAGGCAGCAAGAUACUACAGCAGUAACAACCCCGGCAAGUUUCCUGAGGCAGGAUGUGGGGAAGGCGAUGGCUGGAUUCUCUUCUAGCCCUGAGACUGCUUGCUAGGACAAGUUUUCUCAUUGUGGGCAGUGGGUGGGGGAAAGCAUGGCAAUAUUGCUCUAGUAGUUUUGGGUAAUUACUGGAUGGGUUUGAGGGAGGCUUAGGUGUGAUGCCUGGAAAUUCACAGAUGUCUUUUUUAAGUCCUACUGCAAGAGUGGCAGGGUAAGUCAACUGACUACUGUUGAAAUCAGUAGUGGGAAGCCUCUGGCCAGUGGACCUAAUUGGACCUGGCAUGGGUCCUCAUUUGACUUGUGAGGCAAUUUCCCCCAAAGCACACCUCCACACCUGAUGUCAGGUUUUAAGGCAUCUAAAAACAUGAUUCCAAAGGAACCACUGAACCUCAAAAGGAGUUCCCAGGUGUUCCUUUGCAAGCAGCACUAGAUUGGUGCAGACAACAAACCUUCAUCACUUUGGGGAAGAGUGAAUAAAGUGUGAGCAGAGAAAUAUUUUUAAUUUUGCAUCUCUCACUGUUUGGCUAUAACUAUUGCUAUAUGCAUUCUUUUACUAAAACUCCGUUUGCUGCACAGGUCAUUUCAUCUGUUGAAGAGCCUAUAACUGUAGCUCAUAUAGUUGUUGAAGCUUCUCCAAUAACAGAAGAAAUCAGCAACACAUCUGCAAUACUAGGUAUGUUCACCAAACUUUAUGAGGUAUUUUGAGUGUUUCAAUAAACUUGUAGAAAGUACAUAAAGGUAAAUCAAACAGUAUAAGCUUGAAUUCCAUAAUCCUUUGACAAACCCCCCUAAUAAAAGUUCCUAAGUAAACUUUUCAUUCACAGCUUGUCAUGGGGAUAGGUAGCUGGUGAAAGAACAGCAAAAAAAUUGUAGGAGUAAACAGUUCUCACAACACAGGAAAAUGCAGUGUUGUUGCUCAGGGACCCAAGCUGUUUAACUCUAAUAAUUAACCUGGGGUUUGAUGAAGUAGCAAAGUUUCCAGAUGAAACCAAAUUAUGCAGGAUGGUGAAAAUCCAAGCAAACAAUGAGAAAUGUGAUAGGCUCUCCAAACCAGAUGAACAGUCGGCAGAACGGCAAAUGAGGUUCAAUGUAAGCUGAGUACAAACUGAGGCACAUAAGUUAGGAGAAUAACAAAGAGAACCGCAAGUUCUGGGUGCAAUGAACUGGCUGUCCAGGAAAGAGAAUUUGGGGUUGUGAGGAAUAACUUAGUAAAACUAUCAAAUGCACUUGCAGUGAAAAAGUGAAAAAAAUAUACAAGACAGUAUUAUGACAAGGAUCAAAAUGGUCAUUGUCAUAAGAACUUUAUGCAGACUUUGAUAGUUUGUAUGGUUUGAUAGUAUCUGGUUUACUGUGUGGUGUUCUGGUUGCAGGUAGUGGGCACAUCAAAGAAGUCAUUGUAGCUGGAGACCAUGUAUUUGAAAGCCCAAAUGGCCACAUUGAUGGUGACACUGGAGAGGGGCAGGAUAGUCCUGAAGGCCCAGAAGAAGGGGCCUCCAUGGAGCUCAUCAAAGUUAAGCUGCUGGUUAAUAAAGAAGGCCGAUACGUCUGUGAACUAUGCCACAAGACAUUCAAAACGGUAUGUUUGAAGUUUGUACCAGAUCGUAUAAGAUAGUGCUGGACAAAUAAGGAAAUACUGUAGAGAUUUGCAUUUAUUUAUUUAUUUAUAGAUUUAUUUAUUCAUAGCAUUUGGGUGGCUUGCAAUAGACAAGUAAAAAACUCAAAUCUGAAUACAGUGGUACCUCGGGUUACAUACGCUUCAGGUUACAUACGCUUCAGGUUACAGACUCCGCUAACCCAGAAAUAAUACCUCAGGUUAAGAACUUUGCUUCAGGAUGAGAACAGAAAUCGUGCGGUGGUGACGUGGCAGCAACGGGAGGCCCCAUUAGCUAAAGUGGUGCUUCAGGUUAAGAACAGUUUCAGGUUAAGAACAGACCUCCGGAACGAAUUAAGUACGUAACCAGAGGUACCACUGUACAACCUUCAAAAUCGAAACCAGAUUUUAACUUUUAUGUAUACGCCAUCAUUUUUGCCUAUACAGUCGUACCUCUGAAGUCAAACGCCUUGCGAGUUGAAUGUUUUGGCUCCCAAAUGGUGCAAACCGGUUUGUGAACGUUCCGGUGAUUGUUCCGGUUUGUGAACGUUCUUUGGAACCUGAACGUCCAUUGUGGCUUUCGAUGGGCUGCAGGAGCUUCCUGCAGCCCAUCGGAAGCUGUGCCUUGGUUCCUGAAUGUUUUGGAAGUCGAACGGACUUCCAGAAUGGAUUCCGUUCGACUUCCGAUGUACAACUGUGUGUUUGUUUUUGUGUGUGAAUAUAUGUGUGUGCUUGUGUAGCUACAGCUUGAAAUUCUCCAUUGGUUAAAACAGGUGAUCUGUGUGCCUGGCAGCAUCACCAAUAGUUCCUUUCUCCUUGCUCCAGGCCAGCAUCCUCAAAGCUCACAUGAUAACUCACAGCAGCAGGAAGGAUUAUGAGUGUAAGAUAUGUGGGACAUCUUUCAGGACCAAGGGCUCGCUUAUCAGACACCAUCGUCGUCAUACAGGUGAGAGGACAGAUUGGUUUGUUAUAAAAUCCAUGAUGGUGCUACAUGUGUAGAAAACCCCUCAGUGCUUGUUGGUGUAUAAUGAUUGAGUCAGAACGGACAAACCCCCUCUGCUGGCGACAAUGGAAGGCAUGAGAGCCAUGCACUAAGCCUCCAGUUUGCUAGCACUGCCAAAAGGAUGCUACUGUGGAUGCUAUGAAAGGAACAUCCCAUCGGGAUCCAGUCACAUCAUCCCCAUCUGCUUCCUUUUCUGAGAGAAGCAGAAGAGGGAAAAUUUCUUAGCUGGAGUCCAUGGGCCAUUUUCUUCCAUGUUAUAACUCUUGUCUUUUACUUCUCAACCUGUUAAGAUGAGCGUCCUUACAAGUGCAAGAAAUGUGGGAAAAGCUUCCGAGAGUCAGGAGCCUUGACCCGGCACCUGAAAUCCUUGACUCCUUGUACUGAGAAAACCCGCUUCAAUAUGAACAAGGAAAUAGUUGUGAGCAAAGAGGAUUUAGCAGCAGGUCAGUAAAAAGGCCAGCAGCUUGCCCUGCUGUUUGUACAGUCAGUUUUGUUGUCUUUCAUUGAAAGUAUUCUCUGUUGGUCCAAAGCAAGAUGCAGUUCAUGUUUAUGGCAGAUCUAGAAGGCAGUUGAGUAAGGUGGGACAUUUCUGACCUUACGUGAGGGGUGUCCUCUGGCUUUGCCUCUGUUUUCUGAGAGGCUUUUUCUUGUUGAGUAGCAUGGUGGCUAAGUAACCAGGCUCUGAAUACAGAAAUCCAAGUCUUGCCUCUAGGAGGCCUUAGGCAUGCCGUAACCUGCAACAUGCCUACUUUAAAUAGUUACUUGUAAACAAGAUGGUGCUUGAAGUACUUUGACAAUUGAAAGCAUCAUGUAAAUGCAGAAAUAUUGCAAACACAGAGGAAAUUGCUUUGGAUACUGGGGGAAGAGAAGACCUCAAAGUGGGAAGUUGUAUUUGGGAGCUAGGUUGCUUGCUGAGAACUCCUGUUUGCUGUUUUUCUUGAAGGGUCAAAUGAUUCCAAUGUAGAGGCUGUUCCCUCGCUAGCAGCUCAGUCUGUGGAGUCCCCUCCUGUCAUUCAUUUAGUGACGGAUGCAAAAGGGAAUGUCCUCCAUGAAGUCCACGUCCAGGUGCAGGAGCUCCCAAUCACAGAGGAGAAAUUGUUGGGCCAAGAGGUUAGUGCCACCCAUGAUGAGGGGAAGGUUGGCAUUUGGCUUAGACUAGAGACACACACUGAUUUCCAGUUAUGGGUUUGGCAUGAUGAGACAACAUGCCUGACCAGUCUCAAGGGGCUAGGUGGAAAGAAAAUUCUAAAGAAGUCUUGCUUUGAAAUCUUGGAGAUAAGUUUCCCUGGAGAAUUUCAAGCCCAACACAAGGCAUCAAAACUCAAAGCUCAUCUGCAAGAAAGUAAGCAGUUCUAAAUAAUGUCUCCCUCUUUAGAAAUUUGAGAACUUUUGGUGCGCUCUGCACAGGCAUCUGAGAUCAGUUUGCUAACAGUUUGGUUUUUCUGUUUAAGAGAGUGGGUCUCAAAUUGUAAGAUGGGCCACCACUGAGUGUGUGUAAGUGUAAAAUUGCAGAGGGUAAAAAGAUUCUGUAGCGAGCAGGCCCAGUGGUAGGGGUUUAAUGUCGCUUCCUCAAAAAUGGCUGUUCUAACUAAAUUGCAGAGAGGCAAGGAACAUCUAAGAGUUAAAUCUCAAUCUAAACCUUGCAUAUGGCAUUCUCUGGGAGUCAUUUGCAUUUUCUGAUGGGUUGUGGGGCCCGGGAGAAGAGAUGCCAGUGGUUUCCUGAGUUCAAAAGGCUGAAGAAUGCUGGCUUAAGAGAGAACUUUUAGCAACUUCUGGGGCUAAAACAAAUGGUCUCUACUUUGCAGUUAACUGCCCUGCAUCUGUCCCUGGUUUUCUUUAGCCUUCAAAUCCUGAGGAUCUGCCCCCUGAGGGAGAUGACAAUGAGAACUUGCUGAGGGAAGCCAUGAGGAAUUCUGGGAUUGUGAUAGAACAGGUGUCCAUGGAGGAGGCGAGCAAAUCAGAUGAAGCCAAUGAGGUGACUGGUGCAGAGGAGUCAAAGAAUGAAGAGGUGGAGAUGCCCGAGAAGCUGUGUGGGGAGCAGUACGUGAAGAUCGAGCAAGCAGAAACUGUAAGUUUGUCAGGGUAGCUGCUUUUCCUGUAUUUAGGUUAACUCACCUCUCCUGAAGUCAGGUUUGGCUGAUGCAUGACAACAGGCCUUGGUGGUGUGCAGCUGUAUACGGGUUAACACAUGACCUGCGCCACCCUUAGCUGCCUUCAGUGCUGCUUUAACAGUGGCAUAUGCUGCCUUUCAAAUAGGAUAUCCCUAGUCAAGCUUUUGCAAUGUCAAGUACUUAUGCUGCCCCCCUCUGUCUCAUAGCCAGAUGCAGAUGCGACUGAUGAGGGCCAGGUGUGCCCCUACUGCAGUGAAGUCUUCCGGGAACACAGCUCCCUUGACCAGCACAUCAGCAGACAUUUUGGUAAGGGGACAUCUUGUUGUGUCUCGUCAAGGUAUCCAUGGACAAAUUGCUUCCUUUUACAGUCACAAAGUUUUAUCAGGCUGCAGCUGGGUGGCUUUCCAAGACAUGCAAAUAAUUUAUUUUUUCUACUAGAUUGGUGCACAUUGCUGCAGGAUACCAUAAAACUAAAAAUAGUUUGAAUGCCUCAGAAUUGCUGAGAAAUUUUUUACUCAGUAGCAAAAAUGGUAGAUGUCUCAAUUAUUUAGCUGAGUAUUGCAGAUACUGGCUUUAAGUUUAGCUUCUGUAUGCGGGUUAGUCUUUGAGCAAAGGUCAACCCCGAGAUCUCUGGCUAAAUCAGCCUCACGCCUGAGGCACCUGUCGUCUUUGCUACGAACAGAAAAUUUAUGGGCAGUUCCUCUGCGGCUAUGAAAGCAGUUUCUUCUUUGAUAUUCUACCGCCUUGCAUUUUCAAAUGUCAUAAAUACUGGACAUUCUGCCUGCUCCAAUCCUCUUUUUUUGUGAAACUUCCCACCCCUUGCCCAGACUACAAACCUUUCCCAUGUGAAGAGUGUGGCAAAGGAUUCACCAAGGGCUACUUGCUGAAAAAACACCAGGAAGUGCACGUGAACGAGCGGCGGUUCCGUUGUGGGGAUUGCGGCAAGCUGUACAAAACAAUUGCGCAUGUGAAGGGACACAGGAGGGUUCACUCUGAUGAGCGGCCAUAUCCUUGCCCCAAAUGUGGCAAGAGAUACAAGACGAAGGUAGGAGCCCCACAUCUUUUGGGACUUGUUCUUUGAUGGGAACCUGGUUAAGCCCCAGGGCCGCAUUCCCUUUUAGGUGACUUUUGGAGGGCCAUGUGCCAGUAGGGAAAAGUGGGCAGAGCAAUUUUACCUUGGCAUUAGCACUCAAAGUGACUGGGAGACUUGUGAGGAGCAUUGCUUUCCAUUUUGCCCGAAGCGCACUAGUGCUUCUCCAGAGUUCUCUGAGUGUCCCGAAAGUGCUCAAAUGAAAAUUUCUGAGCACUGCUGAAGGAUUUUGCUGGGCUUUGUGCCAAAAGAUGGGUGGUUUAUUUUUCUUUGGCAGCAAGUCUGCCCCCAGUGCCUUGGAGUCACCUGUCGUUUAUUUAAAAAACAGCUCUCGGCAGACAAGCAGCUUUGUUGAAGUGCUCAAAGUGAAGCAGAUGAUUUUUUAAAAAAUACUUUUAAGAGUGGUGUGCAAUGGAUAAUGCUUCUGUCUGCUCAGGAGGUCCAGUGUAGCAAGUUUGCUGCAUUUAUCUAUGUUCACUCAUGGCUUCCAUGCUCUCCUGUCCUGCAGAAUGCCCAGCAGGUGCAUUUUCGGACACACCUUGAUGACAAACCAUACGUCUGCCAAUUCUGCAGUCAGGGAUUUCGGGAAAAGGGUUCCCUGGUGCGCCACAUCCGCCACCACACAGGGGAGAAGCCCUUCAAAUGUUACAAAUGUGGCCGUGGUUUUGCAGAGCAUGGCACCCUCAACAGGCACCUGAGGACCAAAGGUAAGGGACCUUUCUCUUUUCAUGUAAAAUGCAAGCUGGAGCCAAGGACGACAUGUGCUAGCUUCUAGGAGAAGCUUUUUGGCAACCCCAUCGCCCACCAUUUCUGUAGAGUGCUAUAACAUUUAGUGGCCAAGAGGUUGGGAGACAGGUGCAGAAUCUUCCUGGUGAAGUUUCUAGAGGUCAGAAUAUUGGUUGAUCUUUUGAUCUGUGGUGGUGGGGAGAACUGGAUUUCUUGUAGUGGCUGAGUAUUUGUUUUAAAAGCAUGUAUAAGUGUCUUAAUAUUUUAAAAUAUUAUAUAAUAGGUCAUUGCUCCCUGAACAAAUAAUCCAGAAUAAGGAAACAAGCUAUAUUUGCAAACAAUGGGGCCAAGAAUUUGGCAAUCCUUGGCACAGAGGGGUGGUUUUUUUUAGACAAAGGAUAUUUUGAUAAGAGACUUGAGCAUGUCAGGAUUGAACAUGUAUACAGAAAUUAUUUUAAUUUGACAAGAGUUACCUUAUUUGUCACCUAGGUGGCUGUCUGCUUGCCUUGAAAGAAGCUGAAGAAGAAGCAGUGUCGGAGGAAGGUCAGUCUGCUGACAAUUUAGCUGCAACAGUCAUUUCUGAAGAUCCUCCUACAGUCCUCGUGGAGUUCUCUUCGGUGGUGGCAGAUACGCAAGAGUACAUAAUUGAGGUAGCUGAGCAGCACUGAGGGAGAAUCUCUUGGAGAAAACUAAGUUUUCCUACACUGCAGGGUGGUUUUCAGUUGUGGUUUGUCCAGGGGCAGUGAGAGCCAGACUGUAAUCUGUCAAGCGCUUCUGAAUAGAAUAUGCCAGGCUUCACCAGCCCAGUUCAUUCUAUUUUUGAACCAUUUUCAUGAGCACCAGCAUCCUAUGGCUGUGCUGGCUGAGCCUGAGAGGUAGAGCAGAAGGUAUGUGGUGGAUUGUUCCUGGAGCAAAGAGCAUUCCUGAGGACAUUACCUGCAUGUGAUUACACUGCAAAGUUAAGUUCCUGCUUUAGGGGAAAUCUGUGUUCUCUCUUUUAGACAGCUACUGAAGAGAUGGAAACCACGGAAGCUGCUGAAAUCAUAGAAGGGACAAGGCAUGAGGUAGGUUGCUCUCCCUGAAGAGGUUCCUUACAAUCCUUGCUACUAAAAACUUUAAAGCUUGAAGUGAUUAAUUCAUUGAUAAAAUUACCAAGAGACAUCUUUGUAGCAAACACACACACACAAAAGACUAGGUAGCCUGUUUGUUUAAUACCUUCUUGGGUGGGAGAGUGGAUCUAGGAAGCUGCUUUCUACCGGGUCUGCCCUCCAGGAUCUAGGGCAGAAAAAGGUCUUUGCCAUCCACCAGGGAUUGAACCUGAGGUUUUCUGUAUGCAACACAGGUGCUCUGUGUCCACUUCCCAAAGUUCUACAACCCCUUUCAGAGAGGAGAACCUCCCCAGUUCCUGGCACUAAGAAAAGCAAGUGGUUUGGUCUUAAAGCGACUCUGAUUUUAAAGCAAGAGCCAUUGCCGAACUCUGUAUUUUCUCUUCUCUUCCCCACCCUUUAUCUUUGGACUCUUCACACCCCAUCUGUUAGUUUGCUGGAGGAGGGAAGAACUUGCUAGUUUGGAGCUGGACAGCAUGUCAGAUUUGUGUCCACUUAUAUAUUCCUUUGAUGCGGGUGGUGCUGUGGGUUAAAUCACAGAGCCUAGGACUUGCCGAUCAGAAGGUCGGCAGUUCGAAUUCCCAUGACUGGGUAAGCUCCCAUAGCUCGGUCCCUGCUCCUGCCAACCUAGCAGUUCGAAAGCACCUCAAAGUGCAAGUAGAUAAAUAGGCACCACUCCGGUGGGAAGGUAAACAGCGUUUCCGUGCGCUGCUCUGGUUCGCCAGAAGUGGCUUAGUCAUGCUGGCCACAUGACCCGGAAGCUGCGUGCCGGCUCCCUCGGCCAAUAAAGCGAGAUGAGCGCUGCAACCCCAGAGUCGGUCACGACUGGACCUAAUGAUCAGGGGUCCCUUUACCUUUACCUAGAUAUUCCUUUGCACUUUAUAGAAUAGGUGAAAGGAACUAACAUUUAUUCAUUGUCAAGCAGUUGACAUACCCCGUCCUUUAGGGCUUUUUGGCUCCAUGGUUUUUGUUUCUUUCUCUCUGGACACAUUUUUAAAAGAGUGGCUGUGCUGGCUAGGAGUUGUAUUCUGAAACAUUUGGAGGGCCCCACAUUGAGGAAUGCGGCUGUUCAUGAAAAUGUACGCCACGCUUGUCAUCCUCUGUUGGACUCAAAACUACACGUGCAGCAACUCUGAUACAGUGUGUGCAAAUCUGGCUUUGAAUCAUUGGUGUAUUUCCUUCCUUCCAUGCAGGUGGACAGUCACAUCAUGAAAGUAGUUCAGCAGAUCGUCAACCAAGCAAAUUCUGGCCAUCAGAUAAUUGUCCAGAAUGUCACUGUGGCAGAAAGUUCUGCCUUGACACCUGACGGCACAGACGCAGACACAAUUGCCAUAGCAACUCCCGAGAGUCUCACGGAGCAGGUUGCCAUGACGUUGGCUUCAGCCAUUGGUGAAGGAGCAGUGUUGACCACAGAGGGGAGCAGCGAGGCUGAAGAGGCAACGGUGACAAUGGUGGCAUCCGAAGACAUUGAAAUAAUGGAGCACACGGGGGAGUUUGUGAUUGCCACCCAGGAGGAGGAAGUGGAGGUUCAGACUGUUAUAGUCUAGACCAGGGGAAAGAGCCAUAUCUGCAUUCAAUCUCUGGAGACUGCCCCGUGGGUAGUCUUCAGCACUGUGGAAAAUGUCACAUGGGGCUGGGGCACUCUGGUGGUGCCAAAGGGCUUGAUGACUAGUGUCCUCAUAGCACUUGUGCUCAGCUGCUGCUUGUUGAAAUCAGGCAGUGAUGGAGCGAAGCACUUUAAUAUUAGCUUAGUGGGAGGAGAAAAAAUGGAUGGUGGGGGGAUUUGCAGGGAAAUUAAACUAUGCCAUGCAACCAGAGGCCUCCUUUCUGGGGCACCUACUUGCCUUUCAUAUGUAAGUCCAUAUAAGGCAUGGAAUGUAAGCUAUUCAUAAUGGACACAAACUUUAAAGAAAAGUUUGAAAAUGCUUUACUAUACAGGAAAACAGGUUAUCUUAAUAUCCUGCAACUGCUACAUAAAGGCCACAAUGUACAUUUUGUAACCAUGUAACAUUUAAUUGCUUAUUGUACAGUUUGUAAGUGUUUUUAAAAUACAUAAUUUUCUACAAAAUUCUGAUGUAAUAAAAAGAGAGCUAUUAUUAGAUGAAAGCUGGUUAUUUGUUUUUUGUUCUGGUAAAAAGUAGCUGUCACUUCUCUUAUCCUACAGAGUAAAUGUAAUCCAGCAGGACUCUGUAUAUGCCAGACUCUUGAAAUGAAUGUUAGUUGUGCAAAAUCAGUCAGUAGCCUUAGAUUAUUCUAGUUAACAAGUUUCUAGUUCUCAUGAUUGGAAACUAGGGUAGUGCCUAAAGUCUCAAGAAGCAAGCAGGGGCUUAGGGCUCCUAAGCAGAAUCAUAGAAUUGGAAGGGACCAUAAGGAUCAUCUAUAGUCCAACCAUCUGCAGUGCAGUAUUCUAGAGGUUAGUUCCUUGUCCCUAUCACAAACUGCAGCUUCAGCUUCCAUUUCAGGCAGACACUAGCAGUAAACAGGUAUGGUUACUCCAGUUGCACUGGUAAGUUGGGGCUUGCUUGCAAGGCCGACUCAACAGUUAAGGUCAGGAGUCACUAAUCUUUUGGGGCCAGUAGGCACAUUUGGAGAUGGCUGCCACUUCCAAGAGCAUGGGUGGAGGACCACUAUAUCCAGUUCUGCCAGCCACUGAAGGAUAGGCUGAGACAGUGCAAAAAGGAGGUGCACAAAAAGAGCAAACACCCUCUCUGAGCAUUGUGAUGAGAACUAAGAUCUUUCACAGGCCCUGUAAGAGGUAGGUAGUGUCCGGCACACUCAAUGCCCAUGGGCACCACAUUGACUACCCUUGCAGUAGAUUAAUUUUGCCUGGGACUUCUGUGCUGAGAUUAAAAAUUUAAGAUUUAUACAGUCCACUGCUGUCAAUGGCAACUCAUCUUUGCUUUUUUUCAGGGCUCAUAAUUGGCUUAAGAAUUUCUGUGAUGUUGCCCUGGAUGCCUCUAGAAUAAAUAUUUUUGUAACCCCUCUGCCUGGUGUCGUCCUCUGAGGAUGAACAUUUAUACCUUGCUGACUUGAACCACUCAUUGCUUGUCUGGUUGGUCAGGAUCAAAUACAGAGUAAAACAAAAAUAGGAGCCCAGUACAAUUGAAAGGACAACAACAAAGCCCAGCAUGAACACGAUCCUGGGGAAGGUCAGGAAAAGAUGCUGCGAAGAGAAAAAUACCCAGCUGGAGUCAAAAUGCACAAAGAAUAGCCUAACCCCCCUGUCCUGGUGGUUCAUGUGCCUACUUCUUCCUUCAAUGGUAGACAGCUUGUCAAUACUGCACUUUGAUCAAUGUGAUCAGUAAGUCUGCAUCUUGAAUAAUUCAAAAUUUUAGCUUUUAUCUUGAUAGUAAAAGAAAAGCUAAAUUCAAAUUACUAAGAAAACCCAGACUAACCAUAGUUCCUCUGAUCACCAUACAAUAUGCAAGUGUCUUUUGAAUUUAGUACCAGUGGCCCUUAUAACAAAGAAAGACAAAGGCACAUCUAAGUUAGCUUUGUAAAACAACUAUUCUCAAGAAGGUGCAUACUAUUAAGUUUCUUGGGUGGUAUCCAUCUGAACAGUUUCACUACUGCUAGCAUUUUUGACUGCACAAUGGAAUCCCACCCCCAUGCAUCCCCUAUAUUUGUUCUGGGGGUCACCCCUAAGCUUUAGGGAGUAGGUGGGGAAAAGAAGUUCCACUGUGCAUCCAAAGUGCUUGCGACAAGUGGAACUGUUUAGCUGGAUCCCACCCCUUGAUAAUAAAAGCACAUCAAUUUAACGUCAAUGUCAGAAAGGCAUAUUUAGUCUCCAAAUUAAUGAUUCUUUUGAUUAAAUUACAUUCAGGCUUUGAAAUCUAUUCUGCAGAUCAGAAGAAGUAAGACCCUUUCUGCAAAAGCUUGCACAACAGUAAAUCUGUUCCCUUCAAGGGAGUCCACAGCUACAUACAGAUGAAGGCAUCAGACA